GCAGGACCCCGCCUGCCCAGGCGCCGGCGGUGGCGCGGCCAUGAAGCUGAAGCUGAAGAACGUGUUCCUCGCCUACUUCCUGGUGUCGAUCGCCGGCCUCCUCUACGCGCUGGUGCAGCUCGGCCAGCCAUGUGACUGCCUCUCUCCCCUGCGGGCAGCAGCAGAACAGCUUCGGCAGAAGGAUCUGAGGAUUUCCCAGCUGCAAGCCGAUCUCCGCCGCCCACCCCCUGCCCCUGCCCAGCCCCCUGAACCUGAGGCUCUGCCUACUAUCUAUGUUGUUACCCCCACCUAUGCCAGGCUGGUGCAGAAGGCGGAGUUGGUGCGGCUGUCCCAGACCCUAAGCCUGGUGCCCCGGCUGCACUGGCUGCUGGUAGAGGAUGCUGAGGGCCCCACCCCAUUGGUCUCAGGGCUGCUGGCUGCCUCUGGCCUCCUCUUCACACACCUGGCGGUCCUCACCCCCAAGGCCCAGCGACUCCGGGAGGGCGAGCCAGGCUGGGUUCGGCCCCGAGGUGUGGAGCAACGGAACAGGGCCCUGGACUGGCUCAGGAGCAGAGGGGGCGCUGUGGCUGGAGAGAAGGAUCCACCGCCACCAGGCACCCGGGGAGUCGUGUACUUUGCUGAUGAUGACAACACGUACAGCCGGGAACUCUUUGAGGAGAUGCGCUGGACCCGUGCAGUCUCCGUGUGGCCAGUGGGGCUGGUGGGCGGCCUGCGAUUCGAGGGCCCUCGCGUACAGGAUGGCCGGGUUGUGGGCUUCCACACGGCGUGGGAGCCCAACAGGCCCUUCCCAGUGGAUAUGGCGGGGUUUGCUGUCUCCCUGCCCUUGCUGUUGGCUAAACCCAACGCCCGGUUCGAUGGUACUGCUGCUCGGGGCCACCUGGAGAGCAGUCUUCUGAGCCACCUUGUAGAUCCCAAGGACCUGGAGCCGCGGGCUGCCAACUGCACUCGGGUUCUGGUGUGGCAUACGCGGACAGAGAAGCCCAAGAUGAAGCAGGAGGAGCAGCUACAGCGCCAGGGCCGAGGCUCAGACCCAGCUGUCGAGGUGUGAUGGCGGCCCUACACUGCCCACCACCACAUCAGACACAGAUCUGGGGGACUGGAUCCCUGGCCUGCCCAGGAUGUCGUCUUCCAAGUCCUGACCCCUCGGAGCCAGGGGCGGCCCUUCUGCCCCUUCAACCCCACGGCGUGGCCCAGCUGCUUCUCCCCUCCCCCCAGCCUGCCUUGUGGCACUGCCCACAGGCUAGGGACAAGCGGCCCUUGUGUUGAGCCAGAUGGGCCCCGUCUGGGGCGGAGCAGAAAACAGAGUCUCGGGAGGGAGGGCGGCUGAGUGACUGGGUAACUUAUUGGGGCUGGGCAUGCACUGGGGGGCGGGAGGAGCUGGGCCGGACCCUCCCCACCUGAGCAUGCUGACCCCCCCCUCCCCCACCAACCUCCAGAAUAAAAACUCUCAACCUG